UUGCCGAGCUGCAGAGAGUUCUCUGCGAGCUGCCAAUCAAAAACAAAAACUAGACAGCCAGCCAGUUGAAAUUUCUGCAAAUUCGUGGGUUUUCAAGGCAAAAAGCCUAAAAACAAUAUAUUUUCUUUUAUAAAAGGAAUCUAAUAUUUGUUUUAAAGUGGAGUAUCAUUUUAUGGCCAAAAUGGGAAAGCUCACCCCUGAGGAGGAGGCACGCAAUAAGAUGCUGAUGCGCGAACGCGAUCGGGAACGAAAGCGCAUGAAGCGGCUCAAUCCCGAGUAUCGGCGUAUGGAACAGGAACGUGAUCGUGAUAGAAAGAAGGCACGUCGUGCCAACGAAGCCUUUCGGCAAUUGGAGAAAUUACGUGAUAAGAUACGAAAGGAGCGCAAAAAGGGCAUAAUCAGCGAGGAGACGCUGCAAGCCGAAUUUGCGAACAUACCGCCAGUGCCUGUUGAACCGGAAGUUAUCAUUUCGGAUCCGCUGCCCGCCAAUGGUAGCACUCCGUCACAGCAUAGCAAUCGUCAGCGCGUCAGCGUGAGCGCACCUAGCCAUAACGUCAGCCAUGCGACGUCAACUAACAGCCUUGCCGCCAUAACAACCGCAGCACUAACGGCAGCGGCGGUGACAAGUGCCUCAACGGUGAACGCUAAUAUACACCAACAGGCACCUGUUGCGCGCAUGACGCAACUGAAUAAAAGUCUGCUCUAUCCACCACCGAAUUUCGCCCACCAUCCACUACCAAUUGCUGGUGUAUCGCUAAUGCCACAAUUAUGCCAUCCGAUUUUACAUCAAAACCUAAGUGCGUCAUUGUAUCCCACCACCACCAAUGGCAUUAAGCAGGAAUAUCAUCAGAUCAAGCAGGAAUAUAAUGCGGAGACAACAGCCUCAAGCGCGCCUGUUAAUGCGAGUGCGCAGUUGCCACGCGCCACGAGACCCGCCAACGUGGGUGAAGAUCGUGAUAUAGCAAUAAUCGAACCGGAAAUUAUUUUGCACACUUCCACCGAUAUAAUUGCGGCGCCACACCAUUUCCAGAAUGCGCAUGCGCACGCACAUCAUUUGCAUCAACAACAGUGCAGCAUGUUCCAACACAUGGCACCGCAGGCGCACAUGUCACAGAUGCGCACGCACGCGCCGCUACCACCGCCACUGUCAGCCACGCAUGCCCAUCACCAGCAGCAACAGCAAAUGCAACACUAUGCGGCCCACAAAGGUUCUUAGUACCGUAGGCGGUAGCAGCAGAAACUGGGACGUGGCGUUGCGAAUUUAAGCUAAAAGCAAGCAAGUUCAUCUAAUGCAAUCGUUUUAUAAACAACUUUUUUACUUGAAAUUAGCGUUAGCACAUAAGUAUUCCUUAUAGCUAGUUGUUCAGCAAGACGCUGCCGAUAAAUUGAUAUUUUCAUAUUCCCAUAACUUCAAAAUUACACGCGCUCACAUUUCAUCAUCACGAAUUGAUUUCGCUCAUUUGCAUAGACAUUAAUUAACAGUUUUCAUGAGGGAGAGAAUAUGUUUAAGAAUGAUGUUGUUGAUUUCGAAAAUCAUCUUUAAGUGUAAAGUUUUAAUGUUAUGUAUUAAACGCAGGUAACGCUUUAGUGCUUAAAACACUUAAAUGUAAUAUGUGACGCAUUAUUUUACAUAUUAUUUUGUUUUAUAUCUUUCAAAUUGUAAGAUAAAGUUUAGUUUAUAAGUGUUUCAUUAUAAUUAUAUUGUAUCCUAAAUAACAUGAAAAACCUAUCUAGCGGAUAAAUAUUCUUAAAUUAUCCGAGGGAUUUUUUGACGAAAAUAAAAAUAAACUCGCAUAAGGCCGAGUCAUUAUUCAUAGAAA